AUGACCAGCUUGAAACGGUCGCAGACAGAGAGGCCUCUUGCCACGGACAGGGCCUCGGUGGUGGGCACAGAUGGCCCUCCCAAAGUCCACACUGACGACUUCUACAUGCGGCGCUUCCGGUCCCAAAACGGCAGCCUGGGAUCCUCCGUCAUGGCUCCGGUAGGGCCCCCCCGAAGCGAAGGUCCUCACCACAUCACCUCGACCCCCGGGGUCCCAAAGAUGGGGGUCAGGGCUAGGAUCGCAGAUUGGCCCCCGCGGAAGGAAAACGUCAAAGAAUCUAGCCGUUCAAGUCAGGAAAUAGAAACCUCAAGUUGCCUUGAGAGCAUGUCCUCCAAAAGCAGUCCCGUGAGUCAGGGAAGUUCUGUUAGCCUCAAUUCCAGUGACUCAGCCAUGCUGAAAAGCAUACAGAACACGCUGAAAAGCAAGACGAGACCGUUGGAGAGCAUGGACUCCAGAUUCCUCAUGCCUGAAGCCUACCCCAGCUCCCCCAGGAAGGCGCUCCGCAGGAUCCGGCAGCGGAGCAACAGCGACAUCACCAUAAGUGAACUUGACGUGGAUAGCUUCGAUGAAUGUAUCUCGCCCACCUACAAGACUGGGCCCUCCCUGCACAGGGAGUAUGGCAGCACCUCUUCAAUCGACAAGCAGGGAACGUCUGGAGAGAGCUUCUUUGACUUGUUAAAGGGCUACAAAGAGGACAAAUCCGACCGAGGUCCAACUCCAACUAAGCUCAGUGACUUUCUCAUCGCUAGUGGGGGCAAGGGUUCUGGUUUCUCUUUGGAUGUCAUAGAUGGGCCCAUCACGCAAAGAGACAAUCUCAGGCUCUUCAAGGAAAGGGAAAAACCACUCAAGCGGCGGUCCAAGUCUGAAACUGGAGACUCAUCCAUUUUUCGUAAAUUACGCAAUGCCAAAGGUGAUGAACUCGGGAAAUCAUCGGAUCUUGAAGAUAACCGGUCGGAAGACUCCGUCAGACCUUGGACAUGUCCAAAGUGCUUUGCCCACUACGAUGUCCAGAGUAUAUUAUUUGACUUAAACGAGGCGAUCAUGAAUAGGCACAACGUUAUUAAGAGGAGAAACACCACCACGGGGGCUUCAGCAGCUGCUGUAGCAUCCUUGGCUUCAGGACCUCUGUCCCACUCCGCCAGUUUUAACUCCCCAAUGGGCAGCACGGAAGACCUGAAUUCCAAAGGAAGCCUCGGCAUGGACCAGGGAGACGAUAAAAGCAAUGAGCUUGUCAUGAGCUGUCCGUAUUUUCGGAAUGAGAUAGGUGGAGAAGGGGAAAGGAAAAUCAGCCUGUCGAAGUCAAACUCUGGCUCCUUUAGUGGGUGUGAAAGUGCCUCCUUUGAGUCUGCACUCAGCUCCCAUUGCACAAAUGCAGGAGUGGCAGUGCUUGAAGUGCCCAAGGAGAACCUGGUGUUGCACCUGGACCGCGUGAAACGGUACAUCGUGGAACACGUGGACCUCGGCGCCUACUAUUACAGGAAAUUCUUCUAUCAGAAGGAACACUGGAACUAUUUUGGGGCUGAUGAGAAUCUUGGUCCAGUGGCUGUGAGCAUUCGAAGGGAAAAACCAGAAGAAAUGAAAGAAAAUGGAUCUCCUUAUAACUACCGAAUAAUAUUUAGAACGAGUGAGCUUAUGACACUGAGAGGUUCAGUCCUGGAGGAUGCCAUACCCUCAACGGCAAAGCACUCGACAGCCCGGGGGCUGCCCCUAAAAGAAGUGCUGGAGCACGUGAUCCCGGAGCUCAAUGUCCAGUGCCUGCGGCUGGCCUUCAACACUCCCAAAGUCACAGAGCAGCUCAUGAAACUGGAUGAACAAGGGCUGAACUACCAGCAGAAAGUCGGCAUCAUGUACUGCAAAGCUGGGCAGAGCACAGAGGAAGAGAUGUACAACAAUGAGUCAGCCGGCUCGGCCUUUGAGGAAUUCCUUCAGCUGUUGGGAGAACGUGUUCGGCUCAAAGGAUUUGAGAAGUAUCGUGCACAGCUUGACACCAAAACUGACUCCACUGGAACCCAUUCUCUAUACACAACAUACAAAGACUAUGAAAUUAUGUUCCAUGUUUCUACCAUGCUGCCAUACACACCUAACAACAAGCAACAGCUCCUACGGAAGCGGCACAUUGGAAAUGAUAUUGUAACAAUUGUUUUCCAAGAGCCUGGGGCACAGCCAUUCAGCCCGAAAAACAUCCGCUCCCACUUUCAGCACGUUUUCGUCAUCGUCAGGGUUCACAACCCCUGCACGGACAGUGUCUGCUACAGUGUGGCCGUCACCAGGUCCAGAGAUGUGCCUUCCUUUGGACCUCCCAUCCCCAAAGGGGUUACUUUCCCUAAGUCAAACGUGUUCAGGGACUUCCUUCUGGCCAAAGUGAUAAACGCAGAAAACGCUGCUCACAAAUCAGAGAAGUUCCGGGCCAUGGCGACUCGGACGCGCCAGGAAUACCUGAAGGAUCUGGCCGAAAAGAAUGUUACCAACACCCCUAUUGACCCAUCUGGUAAAUUCCCGUUCAUCUCCCUGGCUUCCAAGAAGAAGGAAAAGUCUAAGCCGUACCCAGGAGCUGAGCUGAGCAGCAUGGGGGCCAUCGUAUGGGCCGUCCGCGCUAAGGACUACACCACGGCCAUGGAAAUAGACUGCCUUCUUGGGGUCUCCAAUGAGUUCAUCGUCCUCAUCGAACAGGAAACAAAGAGCGUGGUUUUCAACUGUUCCUGCAGAGAUGUGAUAGGGUGGACUUCAACCGACACCAGCCUCAAAAUCUUCUAUGAGCGAGGAGAGUGUGUCUCAGUGGAGAGUUUCACUAACAAUGAGGAUAUCAAGGAGAUUGUCAGAAGGUUGCAGUUCGUGUCAAAAGGCUGUGAGUCCGUGGAGAUGACUCUGCGAAGGAAUGGGCUAGGACAGCUUGGUUUCCACGUCAACUACGAGGGCAUCGUGGCCGACGUGGAGCCCUACGGCUAUGCCUGGCAGGCGGGGCUGAGGCAGGGCAGCCGGCUGGUGGAGAUCUGCAAGGUGGCGGUGGCCACUCUGAGCCAUGAGCAGAUGAUCGAUCUCCUGAGGACGUCCGUCACGGUGAAGGUCGUCAUCAUCCCCCCGCACGAUGACUGCACCCCUCGGAGGAGUUGCUCAGAAACCUACCGCAUGCCAGUGAUGGAGUACAAAAUGAAUGAAGGGGUUUCAUAUGAGUUCAAGUUUCCCUUCCGAAACAACAACAAGUGGCAGAGGAAUGCCAGCAAGGGGCCUCAUGGUCCUCAAGUCCCGGCUCAGGUGCAGAGUCCCAUGACCUCAAGGCUGAACGCGGGGAAGGGAGACGGGAAGAUGCCUCCUCCAGAGAGAGCCGCCAACAUCCCGCGCAGCAUCUCCAGUGACGGGCGCCCCCUGGAGCGGCGGCUGUCUCCUGGUUCGGACAUCUACGUGACGGUCUCGUCCAUGGCUUUAGCGAGAUCCCAGCAGUGCCGUAACUCCCCCAGCAACCUGUCUUCCUCCAGCGAGACUGGCUCUGGCGGGGGCACCUACAGGCAGAAAUCCAUGCCUGAAGGGUUUGGAGUCAGCCGCAGAUCCCCAGCCUCCAUUGACAGGCAGAACACCCAAGCAGAUCUUGGUGGCAGCGGAAAAUCCACACCCAGCUGGCAAAGAAGUGAGGAUAGCAUUGCCGACCAGAUGGAGCCGACGUGCCACCUCCCAGCAGUAUCGAAGGUACUGCCCACGUUCCGAGAGAGCCCCAGCGGGAGGCUGAUGCGGCAGGAUCCAGUGGUCCACUUGUCUCCGAACAAACAGGGGCAUCCCGACAGCCACUACUCAAGCCACUCCAGCAGCAACACCCUCUCCAGCAACGCGUCCAGCGCCCACAGCGACGAGAAGUGGUAUGACGGGGACCGGACCGAGGCCGAGCUCAACAGCUACAACUAUCUGCAGGGCACGUCUGCCGACAGCGGCAUCGACACCACCUCCUACGGCCCCAGCCACGGCAGCAGCGCCUCACUGGGGGCUGCCACGGCCUCGCCUCGUGCAGGGCCCGGCAAGGAGAAAGUGGCCCCCCUGUGGCACAGCUCCAGCGAGGUCAUCUCCUUGGUGGACCGGACGUUAGAGGCGGAGAGCCACGGCCUGGACCGGAAAGCCGAGUCCUCCCUGAGCCUGGACAUCCACAGCAAGAGCCAGGCCGGCUCCAGCCCUCUGACCCGGGAGAGCAGCACUUUCAGCAUCAACGACACUGCUUCCCACACGAGCACCAUGAGCUCCCGCCACUCUGCCAGCCCCGUGGUCUUCACCAGUGCCCGGAGUUCCCCCAAGGAAGAGCUCCAUCCAGCCACCUCCUCACAGCUUGCACCCUCCUUCUCCUCUUCCUCGUCCUCCUCGUCCGGUCCUAGGACUUUCUACCCUCGCCAGGGCGCGACCAGCAAGUACCUGAUUGGAUGGAAAAAACCGGAAGGAACCAUAAAUUCUGUGGGAUUUAUGGACACAAGAAAGCGUCAUCAGAGCGAUGGCAAUGAAAUAGCCCAAGCCAGGCUGCGGGCCUCCACCAGGGACCUCCGAGCAUCUCCUAAGCCAACCUCCAAGUCCACCAUUGAGGAGGACCUCAAGAAACUCAUCGACCUUGAAAGCCCGACUCCUGAAUCCCAGAAGAACUUUAAGUUCCAUGCACUCUCCUCGCCUCAGUCUCCUUUCCCCCACACCCCCACCUCAAGGCGGGCCUUGCACAGGACGCUGUCGGAUGAGAGCAUCUACAGCGGCCAGAGGGAGCACUUCUUCACCUCGAGGGCCUCACUUCUGGACCAAGCCCUGCCCAACGACGUCCUCUUCAGUAGCACGUACCCUUCUCUCCCCAAGUCUCUUCCACUGCGGAGGCCUUCUUACACCUUGGGAAUGAAGUCACUGCACGGAGAGUUCUCCGCCUCAGACAGCUCCCUCACCGACGUCCAGGAGGCCCGCAGGCCCAUGCCCGACCCCGGCCUCAUGCCCCUGCCUGACGCUGCUGCAGAUUUGGAUUGGUCCAACCUGGUGGAUGCCGCCAAGGCCUAUGAGGUCCAGAGAGCCUCCUUCUUUGCUGCUAGUGAUGAAAACCAUCGCCCCCUGAGUGCUGCAUCCAACAGCGACCAGCUUGAGGACCAGGCCCUGGUCCAGAUGAAGUCCUACAGCAGUAAGGACUCCUCCCCCACUCUGGCCUCCAAGGUGGACCAGCUGGAGGGGAUGCUGAAGAUGCUGCGGGAAGACCUGAAGAAGGAGAAAGAAGACAAAGCCCACCUUCAGGCAGAAGUCCAGCACCUGCGAGAGGACAACCUGAGGCUGCAGGAGGAGUCCCAGAACGCCUCGGACAAGCUGAAGAAGUUCACCGAGUGGGUCUUCAACACCAUCGACAUGAGCUAG